GGAUGUGAAAGAAGAAACCCAAAAAGCAACUAAAAAUAUAUAGAGCGAAAGAAUUGGUACUUCCUUCUCACAAUAAUAGAAAGAGAGAGAAAGGAAAGGAAAAAUCUACGAAUUCAAUUGCAUUAUCUCUUGGCCAUCCUUUGCCUUUAUUUAAUUGUCAAAUAUAUAUUUCUUUAUCUUUCACCAAAGAACGUCUUGUCAACGACCCAAAGUCACGCAGUUACUUGCCGGUUCCGGCAUGAGCUCACCCUUGCUCUCAUAGUCUCGUUUCCUUCCUCGUUCAACCUCUUGUCAGAUCACCUCAAAAUUCUCAGUUUAUGUCUUGCUUUUUUCGGAUUUUUUUUUGGCUAUCUUUUUUGAACAUCUUUGACCAUGUGCAAGGCUGGGUGCAAUUUCACUUCAAUGCCACCUUGACAUAAAACUGCAAAGAAUUUCUAUUUUCCCCUUAAUCCAAAGUUCGAGUCUACUCGAUUUGAUGUGAAAAUGAAUUUUUUUGCAGUAAAUAAGUAGGUCUUUAGCUUUAGGGUUUCUAUUCCUUUAACUACUUUCUUUAGGGUUUUACGUUUUCUUUGUCUUGGCUUAGUUUCUAGCUAGAGAAUUAUUUUUUAGCUGGUUUUCUCACUUGGGUUUUGUUGAAAAAGAGAAAAAAAAAAUGGAAGAAUAUAAUCAGCUAAACGAGAACAGUCCUCCGAGGGGAAAUUUCUUGUACGCAUCUCAUGUUCUUGCAACAAAUUCUUCUCCAUAUGGGAGAGCAAGUAGUGGUUCUAACGUGAGUAAUCAGCAGACCCAGAUGCCUUUAUCUUCCUUUCAUCUUCAAUCAAGCGAGUGGUAUCAAUCCGAGGCACACCCAAUUGUGAAAACUGAAGCCAGCACCUCACAACAAGGCAAAAAAUUUCACUACCCUUUAUUCAGAGGGCAUCAAGCAAUUCAUCACCAACAAGAAGGCAAUGAAAGCUCCAGUGAAGUGGAAGCUAUCAAAGCCAAGAUCAUUGCUCAUCCUCAGUACUCUGACCUCUUGGAAGCUUACAUGGAUUGCCAAAAGGUAGGAGCCCCGCCUGAGGUAGUAGCUCGGCUAGCAGCUGCUCGACAAGAGUUUGAGGCAAGGCAGCGAUCUUCAGUGACAUCGAAAGACACGGCAAAAGACCCGGAACUCGAUCAGUUUAUGGAAGCUUACUAUGACAUGUUGGUGAAAUAUCGAGAGGAGCUAACAAGGCCAAUACAAGAAGCAUUGGAUUUCAUGCGGAAGAUCGAAACUCAACUUAACAUGCUCAGCAAUGGCCCCGUGCGGAUCUUCAAUUCUGAUGAGAAGUGUGAAGGUGUUGGUUCAUCUGAGGAGGAUCAAGACAAUAGUGGUGGAGAAACUGGACUACCCGAAAUUGAUCCACGUGCUGAAGAUCGAGAAUUGAAGAACCACCUUUUGAGGAAAUAUAGUGGGUACUUAAGUAGUCUCAAGCAAGAACUCUCCAAGAAAAAGAAGAAAGGGAAACUACCCAAAGAAGCUAGACAGAAAUUGCUUAGUUGGUGGGAGUUACACUACAAAUGGCCAUACCCUUCAGAGACAGAGAAGUUGGCGUUGGCUGAAUCAACUGGUUUGGACCAGAAACAAAUUAAUAAUUGGUUUAUAAAUCAAAGGAAGCGUCACUGGAAACCUUCUGAAGACAUGCAAUUUAUGGUGAUGGAUGGUCUGCAUCCACAGAAUGCUGCUCUUUAUAUGGAUGGUCACUACAUGGGUGAUGGUCCUUUCCGUUUGGGGCCAUGAUGUGCAAUACAGCAUAUUAUAGAUCACCUGCCUCUGCAGGAAUUUGUAUCUUUCAGUGUUUGUUUAGAUACAUUGCAGUCAUAGUAUAUGAGAUAUACUAGGCUUCCGAUGAUUUUUUAUUUUCAUUUGAUAGAAAUCAGCAAACCCCCUAUAACAUAAUAUAGUAUAUUUGAAUAACAUUCUUAUAAUUUUGUUGUGAUGAUCAUUGAGAUUGGCUAUUUUCGUCGGUGUCAUUACAUCAGAUGCACUGAUUCAGGAUGCUUGCCCUGUUUCUUUUGUUAGAAGGUAUGCUGUCGCGCUUCAUAACUUUAAUGCUGUCUGUUAAAUGAGGGGUAUUUAAGGUGCUAGUGCUGCAAGAGAUCAGUUGUAAUCGUGUAAUCUUAAAGUUCUGUCUGUAUGGGGGCAUUACUAACCUGAAUCAUCCAAAUGCUACAUUAUUCUUCUCUCAUAUAUAUAUCAAUAUAUAUUACACGGAAAAACCGGUUGCAGUUUGCAUUUUACUUCACUAUUUUCAAUAUUGUACCCUAACAACAUGCUUUCAACAAGCAUAAUCAGCGGCCUUCUCUUGUUUCUAGCUUCUCCAAAAAUAGAA